AUGAACUCUGGUGUUGCGGUGCUUAGUACAAAGCUCAGUCGACCAACAUCUGCUCGAGAGGGCAGAGAGGAUGCCAUGGUGGUCCACAAAGUGUCCCUGGUCAGCACUGACAAACAGGGCAGCUUUGGGAACCACGAAAGUCCAUUGGACAGCAUGAGGCGAAGAGAUGAAGCUGAGCUUGAGAGGAAAUGGAAGAGUCUCCAUUCUGAAGAACAGCAGAACAGCUCAGAAUACACGGAUAGCACAUACCUGCGUUCCUCUCAACUGUCCCCCAGCUAUGAAAAAGGAGUCUACACGUCUCAUUUUCACUCUGUCGAGACCCAGCCCACUGCUUUCUCCUCAGAGACUGACGGUAGCCUUGGAAACACUAACUGGAAAGUUGUGGAGAGCGAAGUUCACCGGAGUAGUGAGAGUUACACCAGUGGGAGGGGCAGGGUGGAGCUUAGUUUACCUGAAGCUGGAGAGGGAGAGAUAAGAAGCACAGUCUUUGACUCUCAGGCACAAUUUGAUUCCCGCUUGAUGAUUGUGGAGGCUGAGGACUACCCCUCUGAUGUUUUCCAAGCUAGACGGGUGGAGCUGAUCCCCUCACCCACUGGCCUCGAGCCUGACGCUCUUUCUCCCUCAUCCUUUUCUGAAAUGGAUAACCUGGUGGAUACUCUCAAGAGCAUGGAGCGACCGGUCCGGCAAAGGCUUCAACGCACCCCAUCCAACACUCCCUUCUCUUCACUGCCACCUAUCGAUGAGGACGCACCAAUCUCACCCCCAACUCCACUCUCGCCUCUUACUCCAAUCUCACCUGUCACUGAGCCAAGGAGUGUCUUGAAUGGAGUUUCCAGUUUGCCUCUAGACAUCGGCCUUAACUGGAGUUCCCCCAAGGACAUGCGCUCCCCUUUGACCAUGAUGAAGGAGCAGCAGUUCGGAGUCGAGACCCAGAAUCGAGGGCUUUCGCUGCCCCUGCGAGCGUCGGCCCUCAACAGCAUCGUGAUGCGCAAAGGUUCCCUCAAUGACCUGGCCAGUCCCGAAGACACUUCUGCAAAUGGACUUGGUCAGUCUCGUCUGGAGAACAGCUUCUUCUUCCAGCCCGUCGAGAACGGCAAGGCCUCGAACCGCUCCAUCUUCCGCGCGGCCUCUCUCCCUGAGAUCAGCCCCAGUCAGGAGCGGAUGAGCUCAAGCGCCAUGGGAUCCGACACCUUGCUCGGUUCCCGUUUCGAGCGCUUCUCGUUCCUCACAUCUCCGUCGAACUCCCUCAGCGGGAUCGCCGAAAACUCUCGGAUAAGCGUGGCUCCGCCUGUCCAGCACAACUCGCAAGAGACCUCCAGCUUCAAUCACAAUUGGGUGUUGUAUGAGAAGCCGAACUUCAAAGGGGAAAAGAUCGCUCUGGACGAGGGCGACAUCGAGCUGACGAAUCCAUUCGGACCGGAUGAAGACGUGGCCGGUCAGCAGAAUGGAAUGACAGCGGAUCAUGGAGAAGAAGGCGGCGAGCCCGAGCCUCGGAUGGAGAGGAGGUGGCUGGUGUUUGCCGAACCCUUCUUCCAGGGCGUCCCGCGGGUUCUGGAGGUCGGAGGGUUCCCCAGUCCCGCCGCCUGGGGCGUCACACACCCGUACGUCGCCUCCGUACACCCGCUCAAGAUAGGGGAACCUAGAGUAGAGAACCUCUACGAGCCUAAAAUUGUGCUUUAUGAAAAGCCGUAUUUCACUGGCAAAAGCAGAGAAAUCUACAGCAGCACCAGAGAUUUUCUGUCAAGAGUCGACAAGCAGCAGUCUCUGUUCAUGUUCAGCGCAGGAUCCAUUAAAGUCAUCGGCGGCUGCUGGGUGGGAUACGAGAAGGAGGGUUUCCGUGGUUACCAGUAUCUGCUGGAGGAGGGCGAGUACCAUGAUUGGCGGGUGUGGGGCGGAGUUGAUUCGGAGCUGCGCUCGGUCCGCGUCGUCCAGGCUGAUCUGUCCGAGCCAAUGCUGGUGUUGUACGGGAUGCCUGACGAGGAGAAGCAGGAGGAUGAGGAGCGCACCUUCGAGGUGACGGAAGCUGUGCCGGAUGUGGAGCUGUUUGGGUUCGGCAUCAACACCCGGUCCAUCCACGUGCUGAGCGGAGCGUGGGUGGCCUACUCUCAUGUGGACUUCUCAGGUAACCAGUACGUCUUGGAGAAAGGCUUCUACAACAGCUGUGGCGACUGGGGCUCCGGAGACAACCGCAUCUGCUCCAUACAGCCCAUCCUCACUGCGCCCAGUGAAGGACCCAGCUUCAGAAAUGAGGUGCUGCUGUACUCAGAGCUGGACUUCCAGGGCUCGUGUCGAGUGUGUCAUCAGAACCAGAGCAGUUUGCCUGAGAGUCUCUCUGUCCAGUCCUGCAGGGUGGUGGGAGGAAGUUGGGUGCUCUAUGGAGGAGAGAAGUUUACAGGAAACAUGUGCGUUCUGUCUGAAGGAGAUUAUCCCAACCUGACCAGCAUGGGCGUCCCACCCAACUCCAGUAUUCGCUCCGUCAAAGUGGUUCCGAUGACGUUUUCGGUGCCGUCGAUCUCUCUCUUCGGACUGGAGUGUUUUGAAGGUCGGGAGGUCACUAUCGACAUGCAGGUUUCCAACAUGCAGGAGGAAGGAUAUAAUACACACUUCCUCUCUGUCAGAGUCAACAGCGGUUGCUGGGUGUUAUGUGAGCAUAGUAACUACAGGGGGCGCCAGUUCCUUUUGGAGCCCAUUGAAAUCACAAACUGGCACAAAUUCAGCUCUGUCUCCUGCAUCGGCUCCCUGUAUCCAGUCAGACAGAAGCAAAGACUGUUCCGCAUCAGGAAUAAGGAGACGGGCCACUGUAUAUCAGUGCAGGGCGGUGUGGAGGACAUGAAGACGGGACGUGUGGUCGUGUCGGAGCAGGUGGAGGGAAUGAGUGACGUUUGGCUUUACCAGGACGGGCUCAUCAAGAACAAGCUGGCCCGAACCACGAGUUUGCAGGUCAUGGGGAACGUGGAGUCCGGCGCCAAGGUGGUGCUGUGGACGGAGACGCGUGUGCCAGUGCAGACGUGGAGCGCGCAGGUCAGAGGUCGCAUCUCCAGCAACACCUUCCCUGGGAUGGUGCUGGACAUCAAGGGAGGCAAAACAUACGACAAACAGCAUUUAGUGAUCCGAGAGGAGAAUGAGGAGAGCGAGAGCCAACAGUGGGAACUGGAGUUUGUUUAACCCCGCCCCCUCUCGUGUUCAUGUGACCUGACUCCACCCACUCCUCCUCAUGAAAUACGACACUCAUUCUGACGUACAGCUGAAGAAAGUUUCUCUGUGUAGAAGAGAUAAAACAGACACACUUACCAAUGAGAGUGAAACACCAUCCGAGCUUCUGAUUGUGAAACGUAAAGCUCUCGCCUGAACGGGGUGUGUCUUAUUUGCACAUAGUUUGAAUAAAUAUUACAUACAGGUCAUUUUUAUGAUGUACACGCUGAAGAUGGUGCUGGUGGUUUAACAUUUAUAAUGUCACGAGAUGUUUUUCUCUGUUUCCGUAUGCAUCACAUUGUUGAAUAUCGUACAUUUGUAUUUUUCUAAGCAUUCUUUCAUUUCUGCUCAUUAUGUUGUUUACACGCUAAUGUUAUUUUAUAUUCCUAGAUUUUAUUCGACAUAUUGGGUAUAUUCUGGAAUGUGUGCUUUAAUAUCAAUGCCUGCGAUUAGUUUAUAGCAGCUGCAAAUCCUGCCGGGUUUCGGUCUGUCGUGUCAGUUUUAAUAUCAAAAAGGGUGUGUAUAUGAUAUAAAAUCGCCAUGUCUUUGGAAAACCAAGAAAGUUUUUAUGUGUAAAUGUUAUUUUUCAAAUACAACGUGACAUUUUAUGUAACAGGGAGUGGCUUUACUUUUGUAAUAAAACUGUAAAAUGAAA